AGUGAUAACGAUUUUCCAUUUCAAAUAUUUUAAACAUGGCUUUAUUAAAACAAUUCAAAUUAAUUCUCCAUUCUACAAACUACUUACAAUUUAAGCCAUCGAUAAAAUAUUAUAAAUUUUUUUCGUCUGGAGCUGUUCUAACAUCUAAUGAAAAUAUUAUCUAUCCAAAUGUUAAGACAUUCAAGCACCAGCAUAUUACUUUAAUAUCAUUGAAUAGACCCGAUGAUAAAAACACAUUAAAUGCGGGAACUGUAGAUGAUUUAAGAAAAGUUAUUUCAAAUUUUGAGAAUGAUCCUUCAUCGACAGUUGCUAUUUUAUAUGGAGAAGGGGGAUCAUUCUGUGCAGGGUUCGACCCUUGUGAAUUGUCUGAGGCACCACAAGUAUAUGAUGACUUUUUGCAAUCACAUUGUCAAAAGCCAAUCAUAGCUGCCGUUUCUGGAUUUGCAUAUAAUGCUGGUUUUGAUUUGUGUUUGUGGUGUGAUUUGCGCAUUGUAGAAGAGAAUGCUGUCAUGGCAAUCGAUAGAAAAUUAAAUAUUUCAAAAUCAAAAAUAUUUCUCAAUAGGCUUUUAAAAACAGUUGGAUAUUCAAGAACAAUGGAUCUAUUAUUGACUGGUAGAGAUAUAAAAUCUAAAGAAGCAUUUGAAUGUGGUCUUGCAAACCGUGUAGUUGCAUGUGGAUCAAGUGUUGGUCAAGCAGUAAAUAUGGCGUUUAAUAUUGGUAAAUUUCCACAACAGUCAAUGAACCACGACAGAAGCAUAAUACAUGCAAUAAUAUCAGAACAGUGAUGUAUUUUACAAUGUUAGAUAAUGUUUAAUGUUCCAGGAUACAAUCAGUACUAGUCCUACUGUCCUGGACCCUUGGGGUGACAAUGAUGCACCUUCGUGAGACCUCAUGCUAGGGUCUAGCAUGGGGUAUAUGAAUCCCACAUAAUUUUUCUUAUGUAUUAAAAAUGGCGAAUAUCUAACUAUAAUAUAUAUUAUUAUUUACCGUGAA